AUGGUCAAAGUCCUCAUCUCCCUCAGCGCGUUGGCCGCUGCCGCUACGGCUGGCUCCGUCACGGAACUCCCCGAGUCUGUGACCAAGCUCAUCGACUACUCCAUCAACCCCUGCGACGACUUUUACCAAUAUGCGUGUGGCACGUGGCACAAGAAUGCUGUGAUACCCACGGACAAACAGCGAAUCGAUAAUUCGUUCUACGAGAUCGACAUCCGAAACAAAGCCAGAUUGACGAAGAUUUUAUCUGACAAUAAGCCCAAGCUUGGUGAGUUUUACAACUCUUGUUUGGACACGGCUACGCUAUCGUCGCUCGGCGUGACUCCGCUGGAGGACUCGUUCCAAGCCAUUCGGUCGGCCAAUACCACGUUGGACCUCCUCAUCGUGGCUGGUGAAUUGGCCAAGAAUGGCAUCCCUGCCUUCGUGGACAUCAACUCCAGACCUGACUACGACAACUUGACCAAGAACGCCCUCUUCGGUUUCCGACCCCCCUUGCCGCUGGAUCGCCCGUACUACACCAACCCUUCCGAGUGGGAGACCGUCGAAGCCGAGUACAAGGUGUACAUUGCGUCGGUGUUGCAGCUAGCUGGCUACACUGCUGAGCAAGCAGCGGCUGCCGUGCCGGUGAUCGUCCGUUUCGAGCAAACUUUGGCGGGUGUCGCAUUCGAGGAGAAGGACGCCGAUGCGCCUCGGUAUACUGCGUUUACGUACUCCCAACUGGACCAGAAGUACCCUCUGCUUGUGGGCUCGUGGCUCAAAGCCAACGGCUUCGACAUCUACGACCAAUGGGGUGGGUCGAAUGACUGGGUGGGGUUUAAGUUCUUGAACUACUUUGACAAGACCGAAGUGUUGCUGAAGAACACGACGCUGGACAACCUCCGCACCAUCGUGGAGUACAAGCUCAUCCAUGCCUCGUCGAACCACUUGACCCCUGAAUUCCGCACGGCCAACUGGAACUUCUUCGGCAAGAAGAUCGAUGGUGAAAAGGUGGAACCUACUCGUGAAGAGUUCUGCAGGUCUCAGACGGGCAAGACCGUGGGAGAUAUAUUGGAACAGUACUUCAUAGACGAGGUGUUCUCGGCUGAUACGGCCAAGACUGCUGACGAACUGGUCAAGGCCUUGAAGUCGUCAUUCUCCACUGGCAUUGCCACCGCCGACUGGUUGGAUAACUCGACCCGCGCCAACGCGCAAACGAAGCUGUCUAAGUUAGGCCACUUGUUGGGUAGCCCGGAGAAGCCGCAGCUGUACCCCACAUUGACAUUUGACUCGAAGUCGUAUUUGAACAACUGGUGGAAGGUGUCUCAAGUGAACAUCGACACCAACUUGAAGCUGAAGGGCCAACCCGUGUACAAGAACAAUUUCGACUUGCUACCCCAUCAGGCGAACGCGCAACACGACCCCCUCACGAACCAAAUUUUCUUGCCGGCCGGCGCUUUUGAAAAACCAUUCUUUGACGGCCAGUUUGACGCCGCUCAGAACUUUGGUUCCAUUGGGAUGCUCAUCGGACACGAAAUUACCCACGGGUUCGACAACCGAGGCCGCAAUUACGAUGGCGACGGCAAACGGAAAGAAUGGUGGUCGGAAGCUUCUGACGCUGCGUUUGAGACGAAAUCCGAGUGCAUAAUGGACCAGUACAACAACUUUGUCUCAAAGAGCGAAGAGACUGGCGCUGUGAUCGGCAACAUCAGCAGCCUGUUCUCUUCCAAUGAAAUCAUUGCGGACAACGGGGGUCUCAAGGCCAGUUACCGCGCGUACCACGAGUACUUGAAGGAGUUCCCGUCCCAGUACACCGAAGAAGCAGGCGACAAAUUGUUCUAUUUGUCGUUCGCCCAAACCUGGUGCUCCAAGAACACGGAUGCCUACCUGCGCGCCACUUUGUGGAAGCUGUACCCGCCCCGUCGGUUCCGCGUGACAGGGGCGUUGCAAAACGACGCUGAGUUUGCCCGUGUUUUCCAGUGCCCCACCGACUCGUAUUUGAACCCGUCCAAAAAGUGCUUGUUGUGGGAAUAG